AUCUGAAUCACAUUCCUCUCUCUCUCUCUCUCUCUCUCUCUCUCUCUCUCAAAAUCAGGUUCACACAUACCUGCAAAUUCCAAAAGCCACCAUUUUAGUUUCUGAUCAGAGCUUCCAAAUCCCAGCAGAGUAGUAAAGGUAAAUUUAGUAGUUGAAGCAGAGGAAAGUAAGGAUCUCAAGUAGAGUAUAAAAAUGGGUGGUCUGUCGAUGAAUAUUUCCAACGGCGCAGGAGGAGCAAGGUCUGCUUCCCAGUACCACACCCACAAGGUGUUCCUGUUGUGCAACUAUAUUUUGCUAGGCGCGGCCUCCAGCUGCAUCUUCCUCACGCUGUCUCUGCGGCUGCUCCCCUCAGUGUGCGGCUUCUUCCUCAUCCUCCUCCACAUAUUCACAAUUGGGGGGGCAAUAUCUGGAUGCGCGGCAGCCUCCGCGGGGACGACGUCGGGCAAGUGGUAUGGAGCCCACAUGGUGGCCACAGUGCUGACAGCAAUAUUUCAGGGGUCUGUGUCAGUGCUCAUCUUCACGAGGACGGGUGACUUUCUUGGGGAGCUGAGGUCGUACGUGAGGGAUGAGGACGGCGCUGUGAUACUCAAAUUGGCCGGAGGCCUCAGUGUCGUCAUCUUUUGCUUGGAGUGGGUGGUCUUGACCCUCGCCUUUUUCCUCAAGUACUAUGCCUCUGUCCAAGGCACUACUACUGCUUCUCCUGCUAUGAGGAGUUCCAAGGUGCAACAAGAGGAGGACUUGAAGGACUGGCCAUGGCCAUUCCAAGUCUAACAUUCAUUCAGUCAAUUAUUAUAUCCAUCUCCAUCUGCUGCUUUCGUUUCAUUCUAUUCUAUUGAUUAAAUCAAAUUAUAUACACGUUGUUUGGUGUGUAAUUUGUUGAUUCGAUUCUAUUCAAUUCAGUUGUUUGUUGUGAAGAUCAGGAAAAUUGUACUUUCUUCAUCUGUUAUAUGUAAGUUUUGUUCUAUUUUCUUUUCA